ACACCUAACCCCUUCUGUCUUUCUCUCUCUCUCUCUGUAACGGUUCUGUUGUCCAUUGAAGGAGAGAAGAGGAAAAAAAAAAGGGGAAAAAAAAUUAAAAAAAAUUCAAAAGAUUAAUUGGAGAAAUCUGUGGAUUUUUCAAGAAAUGGGGAAAUUAAUCUGCGAUUCGACGGCGUCGUCGCCGGUGGUUCCAUGGAGGGACCCGACGGCAACCCCGUCCAACCUCGAUUCCAUCGAUCUCGUUGACCAGAUGUCCGCCACCGCCGCUACGCCGUGGGAGAAUGUUUCCGGGCUGGAAGAGCAGCAGAGGAGGAGCCUGGUGAAGCUCCAGGCGAAGGGAGUGCUGUGGAAGCACCCGAAGGAUCAGAACUCGUCGGUGGUUUUCCGGCUUAGCCACGGCGGCGAGGUGGAGUCCGACGGCAACUGCCUCUUCACGGCGUCCAUUAAGGCCAUGGGGCUCGCCACCGCCGCCGCUACCGCCAGAGAUCUGAGGCGGCGGACGGUGCUCCGGUUCAUGGAGGAUUUUGGAUCGGCGAGGGAUGAGGAGAGAGAAAUGAUUGAAUCGGCGAUUAAACACAUGUACUCGCCCGAUCUAAAUGCCGGUUGGGGUAUUCAUGUGGUCCAAGAGCUCAAGCUAUUAGCCAAGAAAGAAGACCGGGAUGCUUUAGACUCCGCCAUCACUGAGCUCGUUCAGCUCGGAAUGCAGCGAGAAUUGGCCGCGGAGUCUAUAUACAAAGAGAGGUGUAUAGCAGUUGAUGAUGGCCCAAGUUGGGCAAAGUACAUGUUGAUCUCUGGUUCCCCUGAUGAUGAAUACAAUAUCAUCAAUUUGCAAUACACUGAGGAUGGCUUGUUAACCAUAGAUGAGAAUAGAGAUGGUCGUGCUGCUGCUUUUGGUGAUGACAUUGCCAUUGAGUGUCUUGCAACCGAGUUUAAACGGGAGAUUUUUGUGGUGCAAGCACACGGAUCUGAUGCAAUGGUUGAUGAAGACAAUUGUGUUUUCUUCCUCCCACACAGUCCAAGAAGCGAAAUAUGUGAACCUCCUUUCUUUCUUUUCAUGAAAGGAACAGGAUGGUGCGGAGCAGGUGCAGACCAUUACGAGCCGCUCAUUGCUCACCCUUUGCCAUUUUCCCAGGAGAAGGUUGCGCUGGUACUUUAGAUAAUUCAUUAGUUUUAGAGAGUGCGGAGUUAGAGGUUGAGGUAGAAGACGAUGACGAAGACGACGCCAAUCAAAAUUUUGUUUGGAUAGUUAAAAAUUUUGCAUGCAAAGUUUCUGCUGAUUCUUUGGGGCGUGUAGGUCACAGAGGGGAUUGCCCAUUGUGGCAGUCAAUUUUUUGUUGAUGGUAAUGUGACUACUACUACUACUGUGUGGGAGUUGGACUAAUUUUGGCUGGUCUUGCCUGUGCUUUGCUGGGGUAGUGUUAUUUUUUUCUUUUUUGCCGGCUUUUGUUGUUAUGUAAUUUUGAGUCUUUAGUGUUUGUUGGUUGAUUGGUACUAUUCUUUUUUGCUUCUUGUAUCGGAAUUCUGGAUUGAGUUUUAAAUCAUAGAAAUGACUUCCCUUGUUGCAAUGAAA